AAAAUGAAGAUGGACCAAUUUCUCCCUUCCAUGACAUUCCGCUUUAUGCAGAUGAAGAAAAUAAGAUUUUGAAUAUGGUUGUCGAAAUACCAAGAUGGACAAAUGCAAAGAUGGAGAUUAAUCGCGUAGAGCCCUUAAAUCCUAUCAAACAAGAUACCAAAAAGGGCAAAUUAAGAUUCGUUGCUAAUUGCUUUCCUCAUCAUGGUUAUAUUUGGAAUUAUGGUGCUAUACCCCAGACAUGGGAAAAUCCAGAAGUAUUGGAUGAAGCUACUGGAUGUAAAGGAGACAAUGAUCCGAUUGAUGUUCUUGAAAUUGGUUAUAGAGUUGCUAAGAGGGGUGAAGUUCUACAAGUCAAAGUACUUGGAACUGUUGCAUUGAUUGACGAAGGAGAAACUGACUGGAAGAUUAUCGUGAUAGAUGUCAAUGAUCCUUUAGCUGAUCAAAUGAAUGAUAUUGGUGAUAUGGAAAAGCAUUUUCCUGGUUUAAUGAAGGCUACCAUCGAAUGGUUUAAAAUUUAUAAAAUUCCUGACGGUAAGCCAGAAAAUCAAUUUGCAUUUAAUGGAGAAGCCAAAUCGAAGGAUUUUGCACUGCAUAUAAUAGAAGAAGUUAAUCAACAUUGGCAAACUCUUAUUAAAAAAGAUUCACCUACUACUGGAAUUUCAUGUGUGAAUGUAAGCGUAGAUGAUAGUCCGCAUAAAAUAACUACAGUCGAUGCUGAAGAGAUUAUAGAGAAAACUCCAAAAAAAGCAGAACCGCAGUCGGUGGAGUCUAUUGUUAAUAAGUGGCAUUAUGUUCACCUUAAAUGAAGAUACAUGGAUAUUAUAUGUCGCAGCAAAUUAUUCUAAAGGUGGCAUCGAUAUGAUGCUCUAUUUGCUGGCAUUUAAUAGAGCAAUUUCCUACUUAUCAUCUUCACAUUAAAUUCAUACAUUACAGCUAUCAAUAUAUUCUCACUAAUUGUAGAUAGUAUUUAAUACCAUUAGUUAUUCUUGCAGUACUAUAGUAAUUAAACGUGCAACGUAAUAGAUUCAAUGUUUUUCAAUUGAAAUAAUGAGAUAAUACAAAGUAAAUUAAUAUCAAUUAAUUUAUAUAUGAAUAGAUAGUAAUACGCAUCAGUUGUUUAUUAAAUCACGACGAUAUAAACGAAGUUAUAAAAAUAGCAUGAUAUUAUUGCUAAAGCACUGCAUGAUUAUUAAACGUUUUCAUUUUGAAAACAAGCCUCAUGUUUGUAACAGGUUGUGAUAUGCAUAUGCAAAAUAGCUGAGUAAAGGGUUUUAUUAGGUAAAA